AUGGGAAUCUCUGCUGUAGUCCAGGCAGUGGAAGACGAUGUCGACAAAAGCAAACUUACCAUUACACUCGUUACCAUCACUUCCGUUUGCUUUGCGUUUUUUGGAGUGCCAGUUCUACCUUUAGUCGAUGGUGGUGUUUUGAAGAUUCUCGGAAGAAAUAAGGAUCAGUAUGGUCGACAGCCCAUAUGCUUCAUUUUCAUAUGCGGAAAUACACAAUUUAAAUCAGAGAGAGUAAAUGAUCAAUACGAUAGAAGAUACCUAUCUCCCCCUCACCAGCAAAACAGUAUGGCAGCAUCAUUUUCGAAUUCUGGUACUUCUCGUACGAAAAGCAAUAAUAACAUGAAGCAUUUUAAAGUCGAUUCAUAUAAUGAAGUGGGAAUUGAUUUUGAUUCACCUCAAAUACGGCAGAAUGAGAUUCAGCGCUUAAUUCAAUUUGCAACAGAAUCUAGUAUUAUCGAGGCUGUCAAUUUAUCAAAUCCACCUUCACAUAGACUAUAUCAAGCUGUAUCAAAUGCACGUCAGCCAGUAACAUUAUUACAGCUACUGAAAAGAUCUGAAGUCUCUUUGUUCUUCUUGACAAUGAUGUUAAUGGGCGCGGCCUUGAAUAUGGUUAUAAGCUUCCUGUUCAUCUAUAUGAAGCAAGACUUAGGCGCAAGUUCAUCACAACUUAUUCGAAUCCUUGGUAUAAAAAGUCUAAUUAUUCUUGGCCACGUCUUGACCAUUGUCCGUGUUUUUGCCUAUACAAUAAUACCAAAGGGUCCAACUGGAGCAAAUAUAGCACUAGGUUUACAUCUACUGAAUGGCAUGGCAUUCUCAGCUCUUUGGGGAGCUGGUGUCGUUCAGGCAGAUGAAUUGGCUCCACCAUCACUACAAGCAACUUCGCAAGGUGAAGCAUGA